UACAACUAGUAAUAAUACGUCUUUAGCAUUAAGCAAUCAUGACUGGUCGCGGUAAAGGAGGAAAAGGUCUUGGAAAAGGAGGUGCCAAACGACAUCGCAAAGUACUCCGGGAUAACAUCCAGGGAAUCACUAAGCCCGCCAUUCGUCGUUUGGCUCGUCGAGGAGGAGUGAAGCGUAUUUCCGGAUUGAUCUACGAAGAGACCCGAGGAGUGUUGAAAGUUUUUCUUGAGAAUGUUAUUCGUGACGCAGUCACUUACACCGAACAUGCCAAGAGAAAGACUGUCACUGCUAUGGACGUCGUCUACGCUCUAAAACGCCAAGGCCGUACAUUGUACGGAUUUGGUGGUUAG